AUGUUAUUAAGGCAGCAAAGUCAAUACAGUCGACAAGCAAAGAUAUUAAAUCAGCUCAGCCUUCAUCGACAUAUAGGGUAUCUACAACACCUAAGCAGUAUUAUAGGCCAGGAAAAAAGGGGGGAGGGCAAGCAAGGAAUAGCUCCCACUACGGCACCAGAGGGGCACCACCUCGUACGAACUGAAUCCGAAAGACAGAUACAAGAGGAGAAAAUAAAUAAGCUACGAUAA